GAAUGGAAAAGUGUCAAUUAUCGAUUAAUCGAAUCAAGAGCGGAAGCUGUCACGGCGGAAAUACUAGUACAUACUACAAAAUAAACAAAUACAAAUGCUCUUUGUUACGUCUGAUAAAAGUUUGUUUCAAACAUAGAGUUACUAUUCUAAUUAACUCCAUGGUUUCAAAUUAGUAAUAAGAAUAGGUAAUUACAAAUUUUGAUAUCAACUGAUUGAUUUAUAAUUAGAAUUUAAUCUAGAAGUUUCCACAUGGUAUUUUACUUAACAUAGUCUAUUCUACAUUAAUAGACGUAUUGUAUUAAAAACUAAAAUGAGUCGAUGUGAUUUUAAAAUAGUGCUUUUAGGCAGCGAACACGUCGGAAAGACGAGCUUAGUUUUAAGAUUCGUGAAUUGUAGGUUCAACGCUGAGAUACCAUAUCAAAAUACCGUCGGUGCUGCAUUUUGCGCUAAAGCUAUGCGAUCAAAAGAAAAAGACUACAGUAUUGGCAUCUGGGAUACAGCAGGCAGCGAAAGGUAUGAAGCGAUGACUAGGAUUUACUACAGAGGUGCACACGCUGCUAUUAUUUGUUACGAACCGUCAUCUCAUGAGUCGUGGACGAGACUAAGACAUUGGCUGCACGAACUAAGAACAGUGGAAGAUAGUUGCAAAGUAUAUUUAUGUGGUACAAAAAAGGAUUUAUUAGACGGAGGGUUCGUGAAAAGGGAAGUGGCCGAAGAGAUAGUGAAUACUUACUCGCAAGAUUUGAACGGACAUUUCCUUACAUCGAGCAAAACCGGUGAGAAUGUCGAUGAACUUUUCCAGAAGAUUGUCGACGACCUUGCUGCUGACGUGGAGGUAAUGAAGACGGUUACGGAGAGCAGAUUGCUGCUGACAGAGCUAGACAAACGCAAAAGCAAAAAGGAUGUGUGUGCAUGCUAGUGAUUUAGUUUGGACAGAGAAGAGAUUUAGUUGGUUAAAUUAAUGAAAUGGAACAAAUAUUUAUUGGUAAUAAAAGCCAUAUUAAUUAGGAGGUACCGAGUGAUUAUUAGUUGCGGUCGUAACGGAGCUUGGGUAAUGUGUGCUUCGAAUGUUUUAAUGGCAACACCGCUCUAGCCUUUUUUAUAGCUUUUUUUAAGGGAUUUUAUGACCUGGUAACUAAGACCUUUAGGUCAAGUCUUAUUUUAAUAUUUUUAUCGCGAAGCUGUAUGGGUCGCGAUCCCUGGAAUGGUUUCUUUUUGGCAGCGUGGAUUUUGAUCCACAAUUCGUAUGGCGUAUGGAUGAACAAAAAAUUAAAUAUGUUUCGCCGCAUUCAUGGUUAGAGGUCGGACGUAUGUAUGUGUAAGUAAUUGUAAAAUGGAAAUUAGUAUUUGCCAUUUCAUGUAGUUUGUAGGAAUUGUGGAUAGAUGGCGUUAAACGAGGCUCUUAAGAGCCCCGUCCCUUUGCCGACUGAAAUGAAAACGCUCGCUUCCUUUUUUUAUCUGACACAUUUAAACGUCAUAAAUGACAUUUGAAAACUAGUUGGAGUGGCAGCAAAAAUUUAGUGUUUAAAAUAAAUUGAAAUCAAAUCGAUAUUGUGGUUGUAUAAAAAUGUACUGAUCGAAGAAAUUCAAGCCAAAUUAUUAUUGUUAUUUUAUUUUUUUAAAUUAUAAUUAAAAAAAGAGUGUAUAUAAUUAAAACUUGUUUUAAGAUUUGAUUUUGCAACUUUUUUUAUUAUUCUUAUAUUAUUACCGUCUUUUCGGAUGCUAUACUGGAAUUGAGACUGUAAGAAUCUACAUUUGAAUACUGUGCUGAUUACCGUCUAUAUUUCUUUAAAAAUAAAUCUAGACACGUUUCAUUUCACAUUGAACGAACUAACAGUAUCUUGAAGUCUGUCUGUUUGUUUGCCUUAGCGGUAGGUAGUGGCCUGGCAUUGCUGAAGUCCAUGGGUGACGGUAACCGCUCCCUACCAGGUGGGCCGUAUGUUUGUCUGCUUACAAGGGCAAUAAAAAAAACACGGGUUUAAUCUUAUCGAUAAGAAUAUCCCAAGGGUUAAGAUAAGUUGCGUUGGCCACACCAAACCGAGUAUUUUCAUUCAGGUCACGGCGCUCACGGGUGAGCCUUAUCUUACUAAACCAUACGGGUCAUGAAGUUCACUGGUGAGCCUUUUAAAACAUCUAAAUUAGACGGCAAAUGUUGCCGAUUUUUUUUUUCCGUGAAACUUAUCACAUUUUAUUAAUUUUAGAAUGAAAAUCAUAAGUUGAUAAAAAUUACUGAAUCCCAGAUUUUGGCUUGGCCCGAAUGGUUAUAGUACGUCAGGCCCACCGGUGGGUCGUAAAGCUUACAUUGUUAAGUUCAGGGGCCACACUUGAAUGGACAUUGACCUCAUAACAACGUAUUGGGUUGUCUCAGUGGCGAAUUUACCAUCUGGCUUAAUAGGCCGGAAGCCUAGGGCCGGCAGAUUCGCAGCAAUUUUUAAAAAAAAAUGUAACAGAAAUUAUAUUUUAUUUUUAUAUUUUUAAAUUAAUACGUGAAGCAAAAACUUUGUUCCCCUUUUUACGAAAAUUGCGCAGACGGA